AUGUUCGCAAAGCUCGUCGCUGCCGCGGCGCUCGUAGCGUCUGUUGCCGCCCACGCGACGUUCCAGGAGAUGUGGAUCAACGGUGUCGACCAGGGCUCGUCCUGCGUGCGUCUGCCGCUGAGUAACUCGCCCGUCACCAGUGUGUCUACCAGCGACAUCGCUUGCAACGCCAACGCCACCCCGAGCAAGGGCAUCUGCCAGGUCAUGCCUGGUGAUGCGGUCACCGUCGAGAUGCACCAGCAGCCCAAUGACCGGUCGUGCACGAACGAGGCUAUCGGCGGGGACCACUAUGGCCCCAUUAACAUCUACAUGGCGAAGGUCGACGACGCGACGAGCGCGGUUGGCUCGUCCGCCAAAUGGUUCAAGGCUGCAGAGAUGGGCAUGCCUUCGAACAACCCUGACUACUGGGCUACCGAGGUUUUGAACGACAACUGCGGACACUUCACCUUCACGGUCCCCGCCGGGAUCGCACCUGGCAACUACCUGAUCCGCGCCGAGGUUAUCGCUCUGCACGUCGCGAGCCAGGUUGGCGGUGCUCAGUUCUACAUGUCCUGCUUCCAAGUCAACGUCGGCGGCUCCGGCACCGCGAGUCCACCUACGGUUAGCUUCCCCGGCGCAUACAGCGCGCAGGACCCCGGCAUCCUCAUCAACAUCUACCAGCCGCUCUCCACCUACACCAUUCCGGGACCCGCGCCGUUUGCGACCCCGUCGCCCGCUGUUGCCAACACCCCGUACCCGACGACUGCGACCUGGAACACUGCUCUUCAGCCGAAGACGGUCCCGACUUCCGUCCCGGCGGCCGGUGCUCAGGGCAUCGGAAAGGCUUGA